ACGACAUUUUCUGCAACUCGCGGACGCGAAACAUUUUUCGGCUCAGAUUUGUCAAAAAUAUUCGGCGUAAUGUCGAAUUUAUUCUGAUUUUUCUUCUAAAAAAAAGCAUAAAUUGUGAAAAAGAGCAUUUUGCAAAAGCCGGAAAAUUCUUGAAUUUCCCAGAAAAGUUCGGGGAAGAGUUGCGGGUAGCUAUGGACGUGCCCCCGAUUGUGCGGAACCCAAGUGGGACGAGUAAGAAGAAAUCGUGGUCGGAGCUGAAGGGGGUGGUGGCGGAGCUCCGGCGGAACUUGAUGGCCCUCUCGAGUGUUAUUCCGGCAAAUAUAAACUUCCGCACCCUCUCGGAUGGUCGGAUACGUAUCUACUUCCUCAGCACACCACCAAAUGGAUGGGAGACAACCCUACUCUACGUGGACAUUGGGCAUACGGACGACAUCACGCCAAAAAGGCUACAGUGGAAUUUGCUGUUGGAGCCGACAAUUUCUAGUCUCACGAGCACAUCGACAUCGCGCGAGGUUCAGCUUCUGCUGGAAAGGAAGCGCCUCUCCACGUGGGGCAUCUCCUCGUAUGAGCUCCAUCAGGGCAGUGGGAAGGUUGUUUUCCCGGCCUCGAGUACGCUGUACCAGUGCCACGACACUGGCUUCCAUUCGGGCACUGUAUUCCCCACGGAGUUGCGAAUUUGCCAACUCUGGGCAGCAAUUGAUCCCCAGAUUUGCCCACAGAACUCCGAUCUCGUAGCGUACGUCUGUGGUGGAGACAUCUGGGUUACGCAUACUGUGAGCCUGCAUGGGGAACGUCUCACCUACGCGCACGAUGGUCGACGACCCUUCUCCGAUGAUCCCCUGAGUGCUGGGGUGCCGUCAUAUGUGAUGCAGGAGGAAUUCAAUCGCUACCAGGGCUUCUGGUGGCAACCAAACUCCGAAGAUGGUGUGUACCGGAUAGUUUUUGAGGAAGUUGACGAGAGUGAUGUCACCCUGUACACCUUCCCGACGUCUGAUUCCGUGAGUGGGGGCGAAUACGAGGAGUAUCGUUUCCCACGGGCUGGCUCCCCAAAUGCCAAGUCCAAGCUGAAGCUCGUGCAGUUCACACUGUCGGAGAAUCUUCAAAUUUCCGAUAUUUGCAUCAAAGACAUGCAAUGCCCGCUCACGUACGCCUUCCCCUGGAUGGAGUACAUUGUUCGCGUAGGAUGGACGCCGGAUUCAAAGUAUAUUUGGACACAGCUGAUGAAUCGCCUUCAGCAGCGACUGGAAGUGGUGCUAAUUCCCAUUGAUAACUUCUGUGAGCCCUACAGCAGUGGGCCAUCGUCGCCGGCGGGUGAGGAGGUUGACUGGAAGAGUCCACUUCCGGCAAUAAGUCCCAUGCAAGUGAUCUACAGAGAGACAUCGAGUACGUGGGUCAAUGUACACGAUCUCCUUCACUUUCUCGACGUCACACCGGCAACUGUGUCCUUCCUCUGGGCAUCCGAGGAGAGUGGUUUCCGGCACCUCUACUUGGUGACAUCCAGCCUCCUGGGAAAUAGUGUCAAUGGUGUCCGCGAUGACACAGCACAGACAUCUCCGAGUUCCGAUGAAGCCCACACGGGCUCGGCAAAUCUCCAUCCACGUAUUGUGAAUAAAGUUGCACUCACAGCUGGAGAAUGGGAGGUACUCGGAAGAAAUCUCUGGGUGGACACUGUGCGACAGAUUAUCUAUUUCCUGGGAUUGCGAGAGAGCCCCCUGGAGAAGCAUCUCUAUGCCGUUAGCUUGCGAUCUCCGGGAAAUUUGAUGUUGCUCACAAAACGUGGGUACUCCUAUUCGGUGGACUUCAAUCAGGACUGUACGAUCAUGGUGCAAACGUACUGCAAUAUCCAAGAACUUCCCACGUGCGAAGUGAAGCGCGUGACACAGACGUGCACCAAUGGGAGUGUCAAUGGCCUUGUUCUCACAUCACUCGGCUUCCUCCUUGAGGGUGGCACCCCCGAAAAUCCCCACUACUGCCCCUCAAUCUACAACCCUCGCCUCCAUAAUGGCGAAAUUCUCUAUGCCAUGGUAUUCAAGCCGCACAAUUUCCAACUAGGCGUAAAGUACCCAACAAUCCUCAAUGUGUACGGUGGACCCGAGGUUCAAACUGUCAACAACACCUUCAAGGGAAUGCGUCAACUCCGGAUGCACAUGCUCGCGGCUCAAGGCUACUGUGUUGUCUGCGUGGACUCACGUGGCUCUCGGCAUCGAGGAGUCAAGUUCGAGAGUUACUUACGCUGCAGAAUGGGAACGGUGGAGUUGGCUGAUCAAGUGGAAGUACUCAAGAUGCUUGCCGAUCAGCUGGGUUACAUUGAUAUGAAUCGCGUGGCUAUCCAUGGAUGGUCCUAUGGUGGCUACUUGAGCCUUAUGGGACUCAUUCAGUAUCCGGAUGUUUUCCGGGUGGCCAUUGCUGGUGCUCCAGUAACAAAUUGGGAAUACUAUGACACGGGCUACACAGAGAGGUACAUGAAUUUACCGCUAAACAAUCGACAAGGCUACACAGCUGGUUCUGUCUUGAGCUACAUCAACAAGUUUCCCGAAGAGGAAAAUCGUCUACUUAUUAUUCACGGCCUAAUAGAUGAGAAUGUUCACUUCUUUCACACAUCGCAACUCAUUAAUUGCCUCAUAAAGGCAAAUAAGCCGUACCAGUUGCAGGUUUAUCCCAAUGAACGUCACUCACUGCGCAAUUUGGAAGCCAGUAAACACUACGAGACCACUCUGCUCUCCUUUUUGCAGAAUAAUUUGUGAAUUUGCGCAAGAACUCGUUUUCUUUUUUGUCAUUGAGACUCCACUGCGAAGAGCGCCAUGCAAUUGUAUAGAAAAUAAAAUUGCAACUAAUAUUUAUGCUGGGAAGGUGGAGAAAAGGAAUCACAGAUCAUUGCUUUGCAAUGUUGUUAUGAAGAUUUCUUUUUUCAAAAAUUAUAAAAUAUUUCUUUUUUUUUUACAUAAAAAUUUAGUUUUUAUCACACUAUGCCAAGUCAUUUUAUCAUUUAUUCUCCAUUUUGAUUCUAAGAAAAUUAAAAAUAAAAUGAAAAUAUACUUAUGCGCUGUAAGAAGAUGAAAAAAUAAGUAAGAUAACAGCAAAUUAAAUGUAAGAGAAACGAUUUAAAAGUAAUACGUAUUUUAAUACAUGAAAGAUUUAGUAGAAUGAGAUAAUUGUUACUGUUUUAUUUUAAUAGUUUUUUUUUAUAAUCACGCUGGAAUGUUUGAUUUUUCCAUUCUUGUCAAUACUCCCAGAUUUUCUUUGAGAUGGACAUGAGAUUUUGUGAUUUAUCCGGAUUUCAGGGCAUGCAUUAUUAGAAGAGAGAAAAAUCAUUUUAAUAACAAUGUCCUGAAACUCCCGAGACCGUGAGGAAAAAAUAACGUAUAAUUUGCACUAUAUUUUAGACUCAAUGAAAAUUUUUGAUUUUUCAUCUGCUUUAGGAUUUUUUUUUUUUUGACUUUUUCUUAAUAACAAAAUUAUUAUAUACCUAUUGCUGGUUGUUUAUGAGACUUUUGUAAUUUAUUUGCAUGGAAAGUUUUUAGUAUUAAAACAAAAAUAUUCUUUUGAAAAUGUAUGGCGAGAAAAAAGGAGAAAAUUGAUAUAAAAAAAAUAAAAUUUCUUUUGAUUGAA